AUGAACAUUGCAUCCUUUAUUUUACCCUGUAUAUGAACAUUGCAUCCUUCAAAUUUGUUAUACUAUUGUUCUGGUGGAUAUGGAGAUGUGUUCUACUACAGUGUUGGUGUCCAUCGAUGAUGCUUUGCUCUUAUUACUUGUGAAUGUUUCUUCUUUUUUUUAUAUUGUUAUCAUGAUUGAAUACAUACGCUAAGCUUGUCUUUCUAAUAACUUGACCAUUACUUUUUUUUCUGCGGGGUCACUUGACCAUUACUUGCUUGGUCACAUCGUUGGGACCGGCACCCUUGCGCCAAGGCGCGAUGCCGAUCUAGUAGACAUGGGACUGAGAUGGGGGCUGGCUAGGAGGCAGUCGACUGAAAAAAAAAGUUUGAGCCAGUUGGUUUUUUCUCAACGGUUAAAUGUAAAGCGAUCGGUUAAAUAUCUAUCUUUCACCUCCCGCAAAACACUAUUUAUUGUCUUCCCACAACCAUAGGCUAAACCACCUGCCUCCAAUUACAGUUCAAGACUGCUGCUGCUCCAAAAACUUUUUUUUAGCUGCUGCCCCCAAAACUAGAUGCUCUGCCUUCUUCCAACAUAUUUUUAAGCAAAGCUCUGCCUCCUUCCAAACAACGGGAGUCACGGAAUACUGUAGUAUAAAUUUUGGACAAGAAAUGCGCCGGCCCAGCCCGGCCCAGUAGGCUGAGCUGGAGACUAGGCAGCGAGUCGUGAUCGUUUGAUUCAGAUCCACGGGAGGGGGCAGCGACGCCGCCCGACUCCCCAGCCGCCGGACAUGAAGGUGAUGGCGGCGGCGGCGGCGGAGGCUGCGGCGCCCGCACCCAAGAGGAGCACAUCCGAUGAAGCGGCCGGGCCCAGGUCACAGAAACGGGCACGUGAUAGCUUCUGCGACGGCAACGCCAUCAGCCACGGCGAUCUCAUCAGCGACCUUCCCGACGCCAUCCUCGGCACCAUCUUCUCCCUGCUCCCCACCAAGGACGGCGCCCGCACGCAGGCCAUCUCCCGGCGAUGGCGUCCCCUAUGGCGCUCCUCGCCUCUCAACCUCGACGUCCCGUACCACCCCGUCGGAGAUCGGUUCGAGCGUCUCUCCGCCGUCUCCAGGAUCCUGUCGGACCACCCUGGCCCCGCACGCCGCUUCGACGUCUUUCUCGUCCGCCUCCACAGAGAGAGAAAAAGGUACGACGAAGAUGCCGCUCAGAUCGACAGCUGGUUCCAUUCCCGAGCCCUUGACAACCUUCAGGAGCUCCACAUCAGCUUCGCGCUCUUGGAAUAUACGCGUGGACGGCCUGAGAAGGACAAGCGCUGCCUGCUGCCGCCGUCUGUGCUCCGCUCAGCAUCAACCCUCCUCUUGGUCAGCAUUGGCUCCUGCGAUUUCCCAAGGGAGAUGGCACCUUCUCUGAACUUCCCCCUCCUCAAGCAGCUCAAGCUAUGGAGCGUUUCCAUCUCCGAGGAUGUCUUCUCGAGGGUGCUCUCUAGCUGCCAUGUCUUGGAGAGCUUACAUUUGUCGAGGAUUCUCGAGGGGUCUUGCCUUUGCAUUAGUUCACCAACUCUUAGGAUCAUCGUCACCCUUUGUUUGUUCGAAGGCAAAGGAAAAUUGGUCAUUAAGGAGGCCCCUCAUCUUGAAAGGCUGCUAUUACGUUCUCCGGGCUUAGGUGUCGAGACUAUCCAGGUAGUUAGGGCACCUAAACUGGAGACAGUGGGCCUUUUGUCUCCCUGCACCUUACAAAUUCAGAUCAACAAUCUAGUCUUCCAGGGAUUAAUCCCAUCGAGCUUGGAAAACCCAAUACGCAGUGUAAAGGUUUUGGCUCUCCAGUUCUGUGGCCCUGAUUUGAACUCAGUCUACUAAAAGUGGAAAAUAGAUCUUCUCAAGAGGCUCAACUGGAAUUCAGAAGUGGCUAUUUUCACUGGGAUCUGUAUUUGGAUACCCGUGACUUGUCGGUUGCCGACCCUUUCGACUGUUGUUUUCAAGAGGGGGUAGAUGCUCUUUCAGAAGAAGCAUAUCUGUGAUCUGUCCAUGGCUUAUCCCAUUGACGCCUUCUUUUGCAGAUUAUGUUGAUACCUGAAGAUUGUGUUGUCUUAUGUCUAAAAGAAAGAGUAUGGAAUUCUAGUUUCAGUCAGCAGUGCAUGCUUGUGUUACAAAUCUGCUAGUUUCAAUCAGCGCAUCAUGCUUGUGUUGAAGACUAAAUUAUCCUUUCUUCUUUCAGACAAAAGUAUGUGAUUCUUUUUAAUACUCUGAGUUAAUGCUUGCGAAAGGGCAACCUAGUACAGUCACUUUAUACAGUUUUUAUUUCCCUUGGACCCCUUGUCACUGUUGAGCCAAUGAUGCAAUUGAUCUACUAAGUACUAACAAUCACGUGUAUGUGCAUUCACCAA